AUGACUGCUGAAGUCGCACCCCGAAAAUGUUUCGGCACCGAUUGUGCUAAGGAUGCUGGAUCCCUUCAGUGCCCGACAUGUCUGAAGAUGGGCCUCGACAGCUUCUUCUGUUCGCAGGACUGCUUCAAGCGAAGCUGGAGCGACCACAAAGCCCUCCACAAAAAGAGUAAUUUCCUCACCAACCUUUUUCCUCCCAAAGUAGUUUCUGAACCAGACCCAGCAACCGGACACUUCAACCCUUUCCCUUCUUUCGGUUUUGCCGGAUCUCUACGACCUGUCUACCCGCUGUCGCCCAUGAGGACCGUGCCUAAAUCUAUCCCCCAUCCGGACUACGCUAAAGAUGGCAUUCCCCGCUCGGAGCAGAAGUUUGUUGGCCGACAUAACAUCACUAUCUUGAACAAGGCAGAGCAGGAGGGCAUGCGCAAAGUAUGCCGACUGGCGCGAGAGGUUCUUGACAUCGCCGCACGAGAGCUGAAGCCUGGCGUCACCACCGACUACAUCGAUGAGGUAGUCCACAAAGCGUGCGUUGAGCGCAACUCUUACCCAUCGCCUCUCAACUACGUUCACUUCCCCAAGUCUGUUUGCACGUCGAUCAACGAGACAAUCUGCCACGGUAUUCCCGACCAACGGCCGCUCGAGGACGGCGACAUCAUCAACAUUGACGUUACUUUGUACCAUGAGGGAUUUCAUGGAGAUAUCAACGAAACGUACUACGUCGGAGAGAAGGCGCGAUCGAACGAAGAAGCGGUGCGGGUUGUAGAGACGGCAAGAGAGUGUUUGGACAAAUCCAUUGAACUUGUCAAGCCGGGCAUGCUGUUCCGAGAACCUGGAAAUGUGAUCGAAAAGCAUGCCAAGAGUCGGAACUGCAGUGUGGUGAAGAGCUACUGCGGCCACGGUAUCAAUCAGCUUUUCCACUGCGCUCCCAACGUUCCUCACUAUGCGAAAAACAAGGCCGUAGGAACGGCAAAGCCCGGAAUGUGCUUCACGAUCGAGCCUAUGAUCAAUAUCGGCACACACCGCGACCGCCUCUGGCCGGAUGACUGGACCAGCACGACUGCAGAUGGCUCGCUGUCCGCUCAGUUUGAACAUACCCUUUUGGUGACAGAAGACGGCGUGGAAGUCCUGACCGCACGUCUGCCAGAUUCGCCUGGCGGCCCCAUUCCUCUAAUUGGUGUAGAUGGAGCGAGCGAAGCAAAGACCGAGGCGAUGUCCUCGGAAGCGCCGCAUACAGAGAGAUCCCCGUUGCUGGGCUCCCAAAGCAACGGCCAUGCUUCAUACUCUGCCACGGCCGAGGCGGGCAAUCAACCCGAUCCCGAUCGUACAGAAGAAGGAACAGUUGCAAGCAAGCAGGGAUCUGGACUGAACCUCAGAUACAUAUUGCCUGCGCUCUCAAUUGGUGUCUUCUUAUCUGCAGCCGACCAGACAAUCAUCGUCUCCAGUUAUGGCAAGAUUGGCUCUGAUUUGAAGGCAUUGAACCUGACGAGUUGGAUCGCAACAUCCUAUUUCUUGACCUUGACAUCUUUUCAGCCCCUUUACGGCAAGUUGAGUGAUAUCUUUGGUCGGAAGUCCUGCUUGUUGUUUGCGUAUGCCGUGUUUGGCAUCGGGUGUCUGUUCUGUGGUCUAGCGCAGAGCAUUCAUCAGCUUAUUGCUGCUCGUGUCUUUCAAGGCAUUGGUGGCGGUGGUAUGACCACGGUUGUUAGUAUCCUUCUGAGUGAUAUUAUCCCGCUUCGUGAUAGAGGUGUCUGGCAGGGAGUCAUCAACAUCAUAUACGCGACUGGUUCGGGCAUCGGUGCACCUCUCGGUGGUAUUCUAGCGGACUACAUUGGCUGGAGAUGGGCUUUCAUUGCUCAAUUCCCGCUGUGUGUUAUUGCGCUCAUCGCGGUAUCCGUCGUACUAGAUCUACCUGCCCCAGAGGAUAGCCACUGGAAACAGAAGCUUCGCCGUAUUGACUUCCCUGGAGCAGUUGUACUUAUUGGCGCAGUUCUCGGAUUUCUUGUCGGCUUCGACCGAGGUAGUAAUGUCUCCUGGACGAUGCCGUUAACGAUCGUCUCACUCAGCGUUUCCGCCUGCCUGUUCAUUUUGUUUGUUGUGGUUGAGAUAUACUACGCAACCGAACCGUUUGCCCCUGGUCAUAUCAUCUUCGACCGCGGCUUCGUCGCUGCUUACGGCUGUAAUUUCUUCAGCUUUGGUGGUUGGCUAUCUGGUCUCUUCUAUCUCCCGCUUUACUUCCAAGCCGUUGACGGAGUCUCCGCAACGGUGGCUGGUCUACGACUCCUGCCUUGUAUCUUUGCCGGUGUCUCCGGAUCUUUGUUCGCGGGAUUCGUCAUGAAGUGGACUGGGAAGUACUACUGGUUGACAAUCGCUGGUUAUGCCUCCCUUACUCUUGGUCUUGUUGUGAUCACCCUUUUCUCUGGCGUCGUCACAGACAGCUUAGUACCCAUAAUCCUCGGGACAGUGGCUUGUUCCUUCGGAAACGGUAUUGGCGUUACAACCACCUUGAUCAGCUUGAUUUCGAAUGCAACUCCAGAGGAUCAGGCAGUCGUGACUGCCUGCUCGUACCUUUUCCGCUCCCUGGGAUCUGUUAUUGGUCUUGCACUGUCUUCUACCGUCGUCCAGCAGGUUCUGAGGACUCGCUUGAGAUACGCCCUCCGCGACAGCAAGGAUAUCGACAGAAUUGUGGACGGGGUCCGACAGAGUCUGGACUUCAUCAAGACCCUAGACCCGGUUAUUGCAAGGACAGUCCGCGACUGCUAUGGAUGGGCGACCAAUAAAGGAUUCGCUUUCCUGAUUGGCGUGGUGUUCUUUGCCUUUGUGAGCAGCUUAUUCAUUCGCGAACGAAGCUUGUCACGCUGA